AUGGAACUGGAACUGGGAGAGGGAAACUUCCAGAAGCGGAACCGGAACUGGAACUGGAACUGGAACUGGGACCAGAACUGGAACUGGGACCAGAACCAGGGCUGGGACUGGAACUGGGACCAGGACAGGGAAACUCUGGAACCGGGACCAGAACCCGGACUGGGAAACGGCCAAAACCAGGACUGGAGCCCUCUGGAACCGGAACUGGGACCAGAACCGGGCCUGGGAAACCCCCGGAACCGGAGCUCACUGGAACUGGGACCGGAACCAGAACCCGGACUGGGAAACGGCCAAAACCAGGACUGGAGCCGGGAAACUGACUGGAACCGGAGCCCUCUGGAACCGGAACCGGGACGGGGACCAGAACCGGGACCAGAACCAGAACCAGGACUGGGAAAUGGCCAAAACCAGGACUGGAGCCCUCUGGAACCGGAACCGGGACCAGAACCGGGGCUGGGAAACCCCCGGAACCGGAGCCGUCUGGAACUGGAACCGGAACUGGAACUGGGAUCAGAACCAGAACCCGGACUGGGACCAGCCAAAACCAGGACUGGAGCCGGGAAACUGACUGGAACCGGAGCCCUCUGGAACCGGAACCAGGGCUGGAACUGGAACCGGGACCGGGACCAGAACCGGGCCUGGGCAACACCCGGAACCGGAGCCCUCUGGACCCGGGACCGGAACUUGGAGCGCUCCAGAACCGGGAGGCUUCCAGUGCCAGAACUCCCGGACCGCGGACAGAGGAGUGACCACAGCAGCGGUCAGCGGGGCGGCUCCGGACAGAGGAGUGACCACAGCAGCGGUCAGCGGGGCGGCUCCGGACAGCCGGACACAGCCGGCGAUGACCACCGCCCCCCCCAGAGCAGCGGUCAGCAGCAGGGCAGCGAUGACCACAGCGAUGACCACAGCGAUGACCACAGCGAUGACCGAGCCGACUGCCCCCACGCCAGCGCGGAGCCCGGGGGUGACCACUGUCCACUCAGCUGCCCGGACUGCGGCCAAAGCUUCGCACCGAGCGUCCAGCUGCAGCGGCAGCGCCGCGGCCACGCCGCACUGACCGGAACCGGCCGGAGCUGCGGCCACACCACGGUGACCAGAACCAGCCAGGCCACACUGACCAGAACCGGCCAGGCCACAGUGACCAGAACCAGCCAGGCCACAGUGACCAGAACCGGCCAGACCACGGUGACCAGAACCGGCCACGCCACAGUGACCAGAACCGGCCAGGCCACACUGACCAGCACCGGCCGGAGCCGCGGUCACACCACGCUGACCAGAACUGGCCGGAGCUGUGGCCACACCCCACUGACCAGUACCAGCCACACCACGCUGACCAGCCCUGCCCAGGCCACGCUGACCAGCACCAGCCACACCACAGUGACCAGCUCUGGCCAGAGCUGUGCCCGGGCUGCACUGACCAGUACCAGCCAGGCCACGCUGACCAGUACCAGCCACACCACACUGACCAGCCCUGUCCAAGCCACACUGACCAGAACCGGCCGGAGCUGUGGCCAGGCUGCAGUGACCAGUACCAGCCAGGCCACACUGACCAGCCCUGCCCAGGCCACGCUGACCGUCGCCCGCCGGCCGCACGAGUGCCUGGACUGCGGCAAAUCCCUGCAGCCGCGCCGCUGCUCCGGCCAGUCCGGCCCCUCCGGCCGCUCCGGCCGCAGGGCAGCGGCGCCGGGCAUCCCCAACACGUGCGGCGAGUGCUGGCAGAGCUUCGGGCAGAGCUCGGACCUGGCCAAGCACCUGCGCAUCCACACGGGCGAGAAGCCGUACGCCUGCGGGCACUGCGGCAAGCGCUUCAACGUCAGCUCCAACCUGAUCCGGCACCGGCGCAUCCACACCGGGGAGCGGCCCUACGGCUGCGCCGACUGCGGCAAGAGCUUCACCGACAAGUCCACGCUGAGCCAGCACCGGCGCACGCACACCGGGGAGCGCCCGUACGCCUGCGGGCUCUGCGGGAAGAGCUUCAGCCGCAGCUCGCACCACCGGCGCCACCAGCGCACCCACACCGGGGGCACCGGGGGCACUGGGGGCACCGGGGGCGCUGGGGGGGGGGGCCCCGAGCGGGGCCGGGAGGGAAAUUUGGCAAAAUCCGCGCCCCCCCCCCCCCCAAAAAAACUGACCAGCCCUGUCCAAGCCACACUGACCAGAACCGGCCGGAGCUGUGGCCAGGCUGCAGUGACCAGUACCAGCCAGGCCACACUGACCAGCCCUGCCCAGGCCACGCUGACCGUCGCCCGCCGGCCGCACGAGUGCCUGGACUGCGGCAAAUCCCUGCAGCCGCGCCGCUGCUCCGGCCAGUCCGGCCCCUCCGGCCGCUCCGGCCGCAGGGCAGCGGCGCCGGGCAUCCCCAACACGUGCGGCGAGUGCUGGCAGAGCUUCGGGCAGAGCUCGGACCUGGCCAAGCACCUGCGCAUCCACACGGGCGAGAAGCCGUACGCCUGCGGGCACUGCGGCAAGCGCUUCAACGUCAGCUCCAACCUGAUCCGGCACCGGCGCAUCCACACCGGGGAGCGGCCCUACGGCUGCGCCGACUGCGGCAAGAGCUUCACCGACAAGUCCACGCUGAGCCAGCACCGGCGCACGCACACCGGGGAGCGCCCGUACGCCUGCGGGCUCUGCGGCAAGAGCUUCAGCCGCAGCUCGCACCACCGGCGCCACCAGCGCACCCACACUGGGGGCACCGGGGGCGCUGGGGGGGUGACGCAGAUCUGGGGGUUCCCCAGCCAGGCUUGCUGAGCGGGGUUUUGGGGGUUUCAGUAAGGAAAAUUAAACAAAAUUUGGAAUA